AUGGCGGAUGAAGAAGAUCUCCUGACCAAGGUCCACGGCCUGAGCGACCUUGAGCUCGCCGCCUUCUUGUGCCUGGUCAACCGAGAACACUGUAUCGUCAGCACUCCUCCUGUCGCCCUCAAUGAACUUAUCGAGGAGCUUCAGCUUAUCGCGACAAAGACCUUUGGUCUGACGUGCGCCAUCGUGGACUGCUCUCCGCAAACCACCCUGGAGGACUUUGCAUCUUCCAUCCUCAUAGCGCAGUCGCCCACAGCCACCAGAUCAGGCUCACCCCUUCGCACGCGCAACGACUCCUACUUCUACUCCCGCGCCGGUAUUUCGCCCCUGACCGCCGUCAACGCCUACAGCCCAACCGGCCCCAGCGGCGCAGCCGGUUCUUCCAUCGCCAAUGUCAUCCUCGCCCGGAACCUGGACCGCGCCCCCAAGGCCGUGCAGAUUCAGGUCCUCGAGCUCCUACGCACCCGCCGCAUCUUCACCCGCACCUCCGUCCAGACCGCUCCCAAGCAGUUCCUUUUCGUGGCUGCGUUGGGCGCCGAGAGCGGAGGCCAGGCUCACGUUACGCUGCACCUGAACGAUUAUUUCUUCAUCGCCCACUGGCACGACCCAGACGACGGCUUUGCCAACCUGGAUGAAGCGUACGACAAAGCUGACGAUGCCGAGACUGCCAGCACCGAAAGCGUGGUGAAGAAGAGCAUCCACGAGGAGACUAUGGCCGUCAGCGAGGAUCCCCUUUUAAGUGAAGGUGACAUCGCGUCUUUGGCCAAGCUGAGCCGAGAAGUCCAGGUCAACGUGGAUGUGCUACGCUAUCAAAUGAACAUUGUCACAUAUCUGAGGAUGCACCGCGCAGUUGCCGGCGGCAUCGAACCGAUUGCAACGAAGCAUCUCGACCAGCUGCUGAGAUGCCUCGCCCCCUUGCAUAGCCUGGACUUUGUGACGCCGGCUCUCGUUCACUUGGCUAUUAGGAAAAUCUACCUGCAUCGGAUCCGGAUCGUGCACGCAAAACAGGAAAGGAGCAUGCAGUGGGGCAGCCAGCAGGAAGCCAUCGAAUCCAUUCUUGAAGGCGUGGGCGCCGAGGACGUAAUCGAAGACGUGAUAAACAUGGUGGCGGCACCGCUUUGA